AUGGGGGCUGGAACGUCAACAUCACGAGAUAUAAAGACUGGUGCGACAGUCUGUUGUGGAAGUCAGUUUCCUGAAUCUCGUGUUUUAUUACAAGAAGAUCCCUUUACAAAAGUCAUCAACUCUCCAAAACCAAGUGAUAUAUGUGAAAAAAAUUUAAAUGUAAAUAACCUAAAACAAUCUGAUAUACACCAGGGUAUAGAUAAACCACACAGUCAGGUAAUCUGUGGAAAAGUAUCUGUAACGGUGGAUUAUGGAAAGCAAGAUACAAGGAUACAUUCUGAAGAGAAUCCAUAUCUUUGUAUAGUGUGUGGAAAGAAUUUUGGAAGAAACUAUAGCUUAAAAAUACAUGAGAGAAUACAUACUGGGGAGAAACCUUACAGUUGUACAGUUUGUGGAAAACUUUUUGUAACAAAUAGUAGCUUAAAAACACAUCAGAAAAUACAUACUGGGGAGAAACCUUACAGUUGUACACUUUGUACAAAACAUUUUCCAACAAAUAAUGAAUUAAAAAAGCAUGAAAGAAGACAUACUGGGGAGAAAUCUUACAGUUGUGUAGUUUGUGGAAAAUACUUUUUAACAAAUGAUGAAUUAAAAAUACAUCAAAGACGACAUACUGGAGAGAAACCUUACAGUUGUGCAAUUUGUGGAAAAGACUUUAUAAGAAAUUCUGAAUUAAAACUGCAUCACAAAAUACAUACUGGAGAGAAACCUUACAAUUGUACAGUUUGUGGAAAACAUUUCAGAAGAAAUUAUAGUUUAAAAAUACAUCAAAGAAUACACACCGGAGAGAAACCUUACAGUUGUAUAGUUUGUGGAAAACAGUUUGAAACAAGUGGUAGCUUAAAAACACAUCAGAGAAUACAUACUGGGGAGAAACCUUACAGUUGCACGGUUUGUGGAAAACACUUUAGAGCAAAUAGUAGUUUAAGAAAGCAUGAAAGAAUACACACUGUGGAGAAACCUUACAGUUGUGCAAUUUGUGAAAAAUACUUUAGGAAAAAUUCUGAAUUAAAACUGCAUCAAAGAAUACACACUGGAGAGAAACCUUACCAUUGUGAUGUUUGUGGAAAACAGUUUGGUUGUAACUCUAACUUAAAAUAUCAUCAAAGGAUACACACUGGGGAGAAACCUCACUGUUGUGGAAUUUGUGAAAAAUACUUUAGAACAAAUGCUGAAUUAAAACUGCAUCAAAGAACACACACUGGGGAGAAACCUUACUGUUGUGGAAUUUGUGGAAAAGACUUUAUAAGAAAUUCUAAAUUAAAACUGCAUCAAAGAAUACACACUGGGGAGAAACCAUAUAGUUGUGAUGUUUGUGGGAAACAUUUUGGAUGUAACUCUAACUUAAUAUAUCAUCAAAGGAUACACACUGGGGAGAAACCCUACUGUUGUGGAAUUUGUGGA